AUUCCAUCUCCUCAAAUCUCUUCUUUCUUUGAAAUUUCAAACUUUUCAGUUCUCCCCUCUUUCUUUCUUUCUUGAUUUUUAUUUUUCACCCUUUUUCAUCAUCAUCUUCACCAUUUUCAUCUCCAUUUCUCUCUCUUGUUUAUUUGUUCAGAAACUAUUUUUACUUUUUUUACUGUUCCACAAUCCACAGUACACUGUCUUUUCAAAUCAUUCAUUUUUCUUCCACUUGUUAAACAAGAUAGGGUGUAAUAAUAAUCUCUCUGUGAGACCCAAGAUUCAAUACACUGCUCACAUGGAUAGGAGGAACAGAAUACCCAAUUUCUUGAAUGUGUUUCAGGGAACACCAAGAGAGGUGGAGCCAGGAUGCCCACACACUAUCAUGUCCCAUGGUUCAACACUUGCAUGGAAUCACAAACUGGACUGGCUCAUACUCCUCCUCCUCCUCCUCAUGGAGAUUGCCCUCUACAUCAUAGGUCCAUUCUAUCGCUUUGUAGGCGCCGACAUGAUGUCCGAUCUCAAAUACCCCAUGAAAGACAACACUGUCCCCGUUUGGGCUGUUCCCAUCUAUGCAGUUCUUUUGCCUAUUGUCAUCUUCGUUUUCUACUAUCUGCGAAGGAAGGAUGUCUAUGAUCUACACCACAGCAUACUAGGGCUUCUAUUUUCUAUACUUAUAACUGCUGUGAUGACGGAUGCCAUAAAAAAUGCUGUGGGUAGGCCUCGGCCUGACUUCUUCUGGCGUUGCUUUCCAGACGGACGGGAUCUUUAUGAUCGUUGGGGCAAUGUGAUAUGCCAUGGUAAAGAGAGUGACAUAAAGGAAGGACAUAAGAGUUUUCCAAGUGGUCACACUUCAUGGUCAUUUGCAGGACUGGGUUUCCUAGCCAUGUAUUUAGCAGGAAAAAUCAAACCAUUUGACAGGAGAGGGCAUAUAGCAAAGCUGUGUAUAAUAUUUCUUCCUCUUCUGGCAGCCUCUCUGGUUGGCGUUUCUCGCGUGGAUGACUACUGGCAUCAUUGGCAGGACGUCUUUGCCGGGGCCCUCAUAGGUCUUGUUGUGGCAAUGUUCUGCUAUCUGCAAUUUUUCCCGCCCCCAUAUCAUUCUCAAGGCUGCACUCCGUAUGCGUUUUCUCGGGCCGUGGAAGAGUUCGUAAGUAAUUCACAAACAAGGCCAAGGCCGUAUGCAAACGGGCCGAAUACACUGUUAGCGUUGCCACCUUCUGAUCCACCCAUUUUCGGCGAUCCAUUGGAUUUUGCCGAGCGGGGCCGGGGACAGAGAAACGACCUUUGAUUUGGAGAAAUGCUAAAAGUCAGAAACAAAAAUGUCACAAAGUGCAUAAAUUCAUCAUUUGAGAUCUCACGAAAAGAAUAAAAUGGUCUCGGAAAUUUUAAGAUACAUGAGAAUUUAAAUUCGCAAAUGGAAUGGUAAAUUUGUGCGUUCUUUGACGUUUUUGUUUGUGGCCUUAGCAUUUCUCAUGACGUGGUAGAAGUUUCCCGCGUUGACGGCCUUCUUUCCUGUGAAUAUUUAGCCGAGCACGUGAUUUAGAUAAGAAAGAAGGGGUGGGUGCAAAAGAGGUAAUGCUCGAGUUCGAUUCUCAACAAAGAAGAUAAUGAACGGUAACCAUGAAUAGGCAUGAAACUCUUGUAUGUACUAGGACAAAUCUCAAAUGUUAUUGUUGAUUGAUUGCAACACUUGCCCAUUAUUAAUGAAUUCUUAAUCCUAUGGUUAUGGGUGGUUUCUUCAUCCUAGUACAAAUUCCAGUUUUGAAACAUUUUCUUUUCUUUGUAAACACAUUUGAAGCACCAUUUUAAUAUCUCAAUAAGGGUAUGCUUAUUGC